AGCAGUCUCCAGUGUACGCCCUGGAGUGGAAAGGCGUCUUUAGAACAGCAGGUAGCAGAGCUGAAGGUGAACACUGAGGUCCAAUCAGCAGAUUCUCCAACUAAUCUGGAGGACAGCAGACUGAGCUCAGGAGAGGUCCUUGUAGCCAAGCAAAAUAGAUUUCAUGAAUCAAAUUACCAUCCUGCUGUCCCUCGUUCCCUCUCAGCCCCUGGGGGGACAGAAGAGAUAGAGACAGGAGAAACAUGGCUGUCAGACCCAACAAGACGAGCCACGGUCACUGAUGUUUUGGGGGAAAUUAAGGAUGUUGACCCCAGUCAGGAAGAUUACCAACAGGCCCAGAAGGUAGAGACUUAUAUAUUUGGAUUGAUCCAACGCAGAGCCCUACCCACACGGCCCUCAAAACCCCGCACCAGCCUGGCACAUGAUGCCCGAGCUGUCAGUGUGGUGAGGCAGAGUAGUUUAUGCCACAAGGAGCAAGAGCAACAUUCACCAAAGUCGGGGUCUAUUCAAGAGGUCUCUAAUACAUCCCAGUGCCCAGAGGGAACUGCUCCAAAGGCUUGCCAUAAUCUUGAUCAGGAACAUUACCAAGGGACAGGGUUUACUGAAGAUGCCCCACCCCCAUACCACCACUAUCUCCAGCAAAGUGUCCAGCCUCAACCAGGGCUUUAUGACAGGCCCAGGCAGGCCUCCGUGAUUAACAGCUCCCGCUCAACCUUGCUGGACUAUCCAUCUUUCAGAGUGCUGCAAACCCACCCAGACUCCAGCAAUAGCGAGCCUGAUUCACCCCAACAUUUCCACAACUACCCUUCCCCUCCACCUCUGUCAAAGCCUCACCAACUGCCUUCACCUGGUGAGCAGCUGGUCAAUGCAGAGUAUAUUCCAGCCCAACCCUGUCGAGCCUCCACCAGAGCUUAUGCUCAUCACCACUGCAACCCCCACAAGGGCUCUGCGAUGCCCAAACCCAACCGAAGCACAUAUUCCCCAGAAAGAGGCCAUCAAGAGCAGAACCCCUCAACAUCUCAGAUCCAACACUCAAGAUCCAGAGUGGGCCCAAAGAAGUGCCGCUCUAAUGAAGACAAAAGUGGUGCCAGCAGGAAGCCAGGAAAGAAAGCAUGUAGGUCUCAGUCAGAGAACAGCCUGCAAAGGGUUCCAGAGCGGAAGUACAAUACAGUGGAGAGAGAUGGUGGAGGAAGUGGAAGCGGUGGAAGGGCAAGCCGCAGUAGUCAAUCUAGGAGCAAGAAACAACAGCAAGGAAGUGGUAGCUAUCGGCGCUGGCAAUCCACCCUGGAGCUUAGCCAAGACGAGGGUGACCAGCAACCCAUGCAAGCACCUAUGCAAGGCUCCUCAGCUUUAAACCAAAGGGACCAUUGUGGAAGGCGCACCCGCAAAUCUCGCCCUACACAUGCAUCAUAUGCCUACCCACACCACCACCACUCACACCACCAUCAGCACAUGGAGUACCAGUUAGAAAGGGACCAAGUUCUACCGUGUCAACCUAGUGAGGACUACCCCCACCCAGGGCCGGGUGAGUCUGAGUCCAGCAUGAGCGAAGCUGACUCUCCAGAUUCCAGCUCAUUGUCCAGUGACUCAGAUGAGAGUGGUGGUCUGGUUUGGCCCCAACAACUACCCCCUCAACUUUCCCUCCCAUCACCUCCUGCACCACCUGGAGCACCUCUGCAGCCCAAGGCUUUUGUCAAGAUUAAGGCCUCACAUGCCCUUAAAAAGAAGAUCCUACGCUUCCGCACUGGUUCACUAAAAGUAAUGACCACUGUAUAAAGCGUAAUACUUGCCAAACUGAAAGAGCACGAGCUGCAGAGCUUUGGACUAUGUAGAAUAAUGGACCUCAAACUAAAGUGAAUUUAAAAAUCAAUAUGUGCAUGAAAGUACUGUGAUCUUGGCUGACUGAAUUGAUUGGAUAGUUUUAGAUCAGCCUUAACAAACAAUAAAGGAAAUAGCUAUCACCAUAUCAGUCUUUGAUAUUAGCAUUUGGCCACAUUGGCCCCAAAAUAUCCCCACCCAGACACAUGCACACAGUCACUGAAGUUUAUAAUUUUCCAUGGAGACAUUGUCUUUGAGGUCACAGAGAACUGUAUGUCAUGAUUGUAAUUUCCAGCCAUGCACGGAUUAAUCCCCAAUAUACCCACCAUUGUAAGUAGGGCUGGGUAUCAAUAUAAAUAUUUCGAUACUGGUACUGAUUCCUGAAUGCUAGAAGGACACAUUACGGUACAAUUACUCACUUCAAAGGAGGAAGCGAUUCAAAGACCAGGGAAAUGAAGAUGGAAUAUCUGUACAGUAUUUGAGUAUAUAAAAAUAUUAAUAACUUUCAAAAUGAACACUCAUAACAAACGGUAAUGGCAAUAGGCCAUUGUAGCCUCCGGGCUAAAGAGCAGCUCGCCGGGGUCCGACGACUUUAGGUGUAUUUCUCUCUGUUUACCGUCAGUGUGAAAGCGACACCAUGUUUGCCGCAGAGGAUGCGCUGGAGCUCCAAUCCCAGUGGACGAUGUGGUGAACGGACUUAAACGUUGAGCAGAUACAGGUUAGCUAGACUAGCUAACAAGCAGCACAAAGAUGCCGUAGUUAUCUGUGCAGAUAAGUAUUUUACAGUAAAAAACACAAAUACAAUGACCCCAACAUAGUGUGUUAUCUGCAUGCCUCUACGAUGUGAGGUUAGACAUCCUGCUGUAUUCCUAUUGCCGCUCUCACACUGAUGAGAUUUACUCCUAAGGUAUUAAAAUUUUGUACAGAAUGACAUGGCAUUUUUUAAAUAUUUGAUAGUAUCAAAGCAAUUCAUCAGUUACAUAAAAGUAUUGAUGUUCAGUACCCAGCCCCAAUUGUACUGUCUUUAUACGAGAACAUUUUAGUAUUCUUAUCUUAACUUUUCUUACUCUUUUGCGUGGCUUGUUUGUAUGAGGUCAAUCACUCAAAUCAUGUGCAGUUAAAAUGCACCAAAAUCUCACCAAAUCUCAACAGUUUUAACUGCACAUGAUUUGUGCAGUUAAGGCAGUUUAAUCAUUUGCAUAACCAACACUUUGUAAUGCGCAGAUAUCUGUUCUUUAAAAAGUAUGUUUUUAGUUGCCAGGUUAUCCUACAUUUACCCUUUGUCUCCAAGCUUUCCAUACUAGCUUCUGUCCUAUUUUAAGCAAAUUCUUCAUCAAACACACAUAUGCACAUUGGAAACUUAUUGUUGAAAAUACAGUUAUUUGCAAUGCUGAGACAGGCCACGGUUCCCUUGUAUUUGGACCGUGAAAUCCUCUUUUGUUGCUCAAAUGAAGCAUACUUGUUAUUAUUAAAUUAAGUCAUACUGUCAUCAAAGAGUAGGCCAACUAAAGACAAACAACCAAAAGUUUGUGAUUCCUACACGUUUUUCUUUAUAAACACUCAGCUAUUAAAUAUAUUGUGAGUGGAACUAAAUUUGUCUGACAGAUAUGGUGACAUGUGACCAAAGUCUAUAGUAAGUAGUUAUGAAGGAUUAUUAGUACAGUACAAAGUGCUUGUGAGACAUUUUGUCUGAAAUUUGUGGUUGAGAGAGUAAAUCUCACUGUAGAGCCGACUUUUAGCCAAAAAGAAGUCUGUGAAUCUUUGACAUUUUAAUGUAGCAGCAGACACAAACCAGCAAGAUACUGCAGUAGCAAUAUUUAAACAGUAUUUUUUUUAAAGUUUUGGCCAAAUCAAAUGUCUCACUCAAAUAAAAAUAAAUGUUCUUGAAGGACCUUGUUUAAAAUGUUAAGUAGCAACAGUUUCUACUUUUUUAUGUUUUAUAGUUAGCUACUUACAGACUAAUAGAAUUUUGCCAGCUCAAAGAAUGUAUUUAACGUUACCGUGUCACUUUGACUAUUUGACAGUAUUAUCAUUUAAAGUGCACUAGCCAACUCACUAUUAGCUUCUUUUUGUAUAAAAUGUCUUUGACAAAAUGCAGUGUAUGAUAUUAAAGUGUUAAAAGU